CUAGCUUUGAGCAUGGUUGUUACAUGUAUCAGCCACACAAUAAAAUAUUUAUGAUAUAUGGAUGGAUGUGCAUCAUUAAGCAUCAUAAUUCCAAGCAAACACAUUGCCCUAACAUGUAUUUCUGGAAAAGAAUUGGCUCACUUCCAACCCACACCCAGUGUUGUAGCAUAGUAACUGCACAUACAUUUAUAAGAAUAAUGCUGGGUCUUGAUUCUGCCUUGGUGUAAACAACUCACUUAAUGCCUAGAGAAAGCAUUUGUGAUCAAUACUGCAGAGAACUGCUGCAGCCAGCAUUCCAGAUAGUAUCUUUGAAUAGCCUAGAUUUGCAGCAGAUUAGCAAGGAUGUCCAUGCGUAAUGAUUAUAUUGAUUGAUGAAAAAUAAAAAAAGGGGGCAAGAAAGGUCAGAAACCCUCAUCAAAUUGUUCUCAACUAAUAGCAGAUAUUAAAUACCCUUGGGCAAUCCACCAUUCACUCACUGGUUUUCAUUUUAUGCUGGCAAAAUAGCUUUUAUGAUGUAGGUAUAGUGUACCUGUAGCAUGUAAAAAUGUUGGUCCUAAGAAAACAUGUAUUGUUUAUUCAAAUUGAGUUUAUUAAAUGUACAUAACCAAUCUUUUUCCAAAAUGAUGAUUAUUGACCUUUGAAAUAGCCGUGAUAAAAGAAGAAGCAGAGUUACUUUGGAAGUUAAUAUUUUUAGCCAGUGAAGCAGAUGUUGCAAAUUACCAUACAGGUGAAGGCAAAGGCCUAGAUCAAAUGAUGAGCUCAUAUCUAACAACGAGGCUAGUUUGGUCAUAUUAUCUUGUCACUUGUGUAUUGAUUUCACAGGAGUCUGUUAACACAGUGUACAUAAAAUGUGGUAUACAAUCUGAUGUAGCAAAGUGAUUGUGUAUCCCCUCCCCCAUUUAAAAAAAGGAAGGAAAGGAAACUUUAGAAUUGAGAUUUAUUUGUGGUGAGAUUUUGUCCAAUAAAGCAAGCUCUAAGGGAUGAAGUGUUCUCUUCUUGUGUCCCUGUAUUAAAGAAGUGUGGUUUGUUUCUGUUCUUGCCUUCAGGGUUGAACUAAAAGAAGGAUGUAUGCCCUGAAAUGUAUCAUUAUAUCACCUUAUUUAAUUUUUUGCUUUUAUUUUCUUAUUUAUGUAUCAAUCUGCAUUUUACACACUCGACUUAAAACCAUGUAAUAAGUUGAAAUUUUUCUUGUUGCUAUGCCCAUCAGAUCUUGGUUCAUAUGCAUUACAUGGAAUCUACACUUGCCUCAUAUUCUACUAGUACUGUAUAUGACUCGAAUAAAGUUCACAUGCUAAAGGAUAAACCAAAUUAAUUUCUCGAUCAGAAGAGUGUAAACCUGCAACUUCCUCAAAUUUUUGGUUGUAAAUUGACUUAUUAAUCUGUCCCAUUUUUAUACAACACAGAAAGUAAUAAAAAAAUAUCCAUUCAAAUAUCAUUUUUGGGUAGUGGGAAACGAUAUCUUUCGGUUUAUCUGUUAUUUAUACUAUUUGAAACAAUAUAAUGGCAUUUGGUCAGUUUAUGUGGCAUAAUUUUGACUUCAAAUGUAUUUUAAAUGAUAUAUAUUAAAAUUGCUAUGUAUGACAUCAGUAAAAUCACCACUCUUAACUUGAAGAAAAAUAAUGCUCAAGAACAUUAAAUGACAAUGUAAUAGCAUAACAACAAGUUUGAUUUUAGGGUUUUUUUAUAUUGAUAUAUACUGAUAUUAGUUAACAGGGUAUAUAUCCUUGAGGGACUGUUUGCCCUGUACUUGGCUCCAUCCAAGAUGUCAAAUUACCUUGAACUGUUAAAACCAUGUGAACAACAGGUACAUUGCUGCAUCCUGUUAAGCUAUCAUAGCAUUAUCCAACCAGUUUGAAAUUUAAUAGCUUUGACAUUUGAAAACACUAGGCUUGUGUAGGCCAUGCAGCUUAAUUGCUACUAUUUCUGUGACUUCUAUUUCUCAGCUAGCUGGAGAUUGAUACAAUUUCUUCAGUAAACACGGGCAUGUGCAAUUGAUUUGCGUUUCAAAGUAUACUAGUGAAGAAAAUGUGAUCACCGGGAGCUUUUUCAAUUGUUGAAUUAGGAUAGUGCUUCAUUGAGGGCGAUUAUCGGCACAAAAAGGAGAAAGAAAGGAGCAGAGACAGGAAGAAGAGUAAAAUGAGAUCCAAGUCGUUGCCAAGCCCAAGAACUAGCGACACCUAUAACUCGGCAUCUGAAGCUCGUCAUCCCCAGAUUCACAGGUCCUUAUCCAUGCUACAAGAUCACGACGUCCCUGAUUUGACUGAGUCUUUGACAAAGACUCUUGUGAAUGGUUCAGCAGGACGUGAGGAGUCUGGCAGCCUACAGGAGAUCAAUGAGGAGGAUUUGGCAGCCAUCUUACCUGAUGUCAAUAACACAGCCAAUGGUGGGGACCAUUGCCAAGUGCCAUUCCCCGUGGACUUAGCUGAAAGCGGGAGUGAGGAAGAAGUGGACGACGAUGCACUUAGGGAACAGAUUGUGAAUGAACUUGCUCGUGCUGUAGAAAAUGGCUCCCUGCCUAUAUCAGAGGUGGAAUAUACAAGUUAUGGCAGUGAAACAUGUUAUCAGCCUGACAGCAGGCAUGGUGGGGAGAAACAUGAGAAAACCAGUGAGACCAGGGAUAAUUCAGUGGAGGAAACACAGAAAACUGUUUUGGCUGUUUCACACUCAGAAAACAAAGCAAAAACAAGAGAUGAUGAAAGUGAUAAAGACAUAAGUUGUAAGGCUUCACAGGAUUCCUUAGUACAUAACAGUAGACAUUUUACGGACGCUUUGGUCCCAAAUCUCAAUGAAGAGCAGCAUUCACAACAACAGUCACAUGUGCAGCAGAAGCCAGAGGAACCAGUGAAAAGAAAGCGAGGAAGGCCCCCAAAAGCGAAACCAAUACCAGAGCCACCAAGGGUUGCUGAAGUUGCAGUACCAAGAUACGAGCCUCCAGAACCUAUACAUUUACGCAUUGACACGGAGUACAAUGUGUCCCCAGACAGUGGGAUUCAGUCAAUUGCUGGUUCUCCAGAGGGACAGGAGUCUCCUAGUCCUACUGCUGCUGCAGAGCCAGUAUCUGCACAAACAGACCAGCACAGGGCCAGGGCAUCAGAUGAACCUCCUCCUGGGGGUGGGGACUCUGAACAUCUCCCCAAACAACAGGAAUCAGUUACUGUUGAGAAUACCCUGGAACGUAAUGUUGAGGACAGUUUUGUGAAAAAUGAGACUAAAGGCAAUUGUGAUAUAUCGACUGGACAUAUAAAUACAGAAAACUCCACUUCAGUAGGCCAUGGAUUAAUAAGCAGCACAAAUAAACCCCCCUUUGAACAACCAAAAGUCAAAAGACCUAAAGGCAGGCCACCAAGUAAACAUAAGUUGCUACAGAGGACAGUAACAGCAGAAACAUUGUCAUCUAUUACCAGUGAUAGUGCUGAAUGCACCAAAAUUAGUAACCGUAAAACUAAGAAUAAGAGGAUUGGAGCAAGGAAAGUCAAAAACAUUUCUGAUUCUUCCAUCCAAAAUUUGUCAGAGAUUCCACUAAAACGUAGGCCAGGCAGGCCAAAAGGUUCUGGUAAAAAGAAAAAGACACUAAGUUUAGUGCACACUCUUUCAGGUUAUCAGAAACCAUUUAAACAGAACUCUCAGACUGUGCCUGGAAAAAGGAAACCAGGGAGGCCUCGCAAGCACCCCUUGCCUCAGACGGUGGGGGAUCAAGAAUCUAUUUCUAAGGGUACUUUGGAUGAGCUCCCGGUGUUAGAAAGGGCUCCGUGUUUAGAACAUUCUUUGAGUUCCCGGCGUAGACUCAGAAAAUCGUUACAUGAUGAUGAUGAGCUGCCAGUUCUUGUCAAAGCUCCAGGGAUGGAGUGUCAGAAAAGGCGACGCAAAUCAGAAGACUUUGACACUCUCAUCAAAAGUGUUAAUGCAUCUAUCAGUACCCAAUUUAAAGAUGUUGCCAGUAGUGAAGACGAAGGGGAAAAUGUUAAUUCCAGGCUUGAUUCAGUUGAUUUAGAUCCAGUCAAGGUGACAUCACAACUCAAAGACUCACGGAACCCAAAACCCAAAAUUAAAAAGCCAAAGCUUCAUGUGAUGAUGCGCAAGCAUAAAAAAAGGGGCCGUAAAAAGAAAGCACAAAUUUUAUCAAAACAGAGGCAGCAAGAAAGUGACGAAGUUGUUGACUUUUUCAAGGAUUUACCAUCAACUAGCACUGAUGUGUUCUUCCAAGAAGGUGAAAAUGUCAGUGAAAGGGAUGACGUUCGACCACGCAGGCGUGACACAAUGACAUCCAUGUCUUCUGACAUUUCUGACAAUGUUUCACAUAUUUUGCAGUCAAGCAAAUUAAAUUUUUUAUCCUGCUCCCAGCAUAAACCCCCUUCUGAUGGCAAAAAGAGAAAAAAGAAGAAACUCAUUUACUUUAAAUCAAAACAUAAAAACAUAGUGGACCCUGUUUUCUUGGCAGACUUGGAUGAUAUCACAGAGGAUUUGGAAAAUCUUGCUUUAAGUGCCAAGUAUCCAUUGACUGUCAGCUGCCUGCCAGGACAGACAUUGCUUCCUAGCAUAUUCCAAAUAAACAAAAACAUGUGUAGGAGGAAAAAUACAAAUCUCCCUUUAGAGAUCAAAGAAAAGAAAGCCAAACUGAAGAUAGCAAAAGAGAGGAAAAUGCUGAUGUCCUUGGAACAGAUGCAUGCACUCCAGAAACUGAAGAAAAAACUUCCAGAACAUCACAUUACUAGCUCUAGUCCUCCUCCUCUGCUGGACCACAAACAGAACUGUCUCCCCCUCAAGAAACGGCACAAAGUAUUGUCUAUGUUACCGUCCACGUCAGUUCCCAAUUCCCUAUCCCCACAGUUUCCAGUGGCCUCACUCCCACCACAGGGAGUCCCAGUGAAGAGGAGAGUAGGGAGACCAAGGAAAUACCCAAGACCAGAAGAUCUCCAGCUUCAGUUGGUGCAGCAGUGGCAUCAAGUACAAGUUCAAAAUAACACCCAACAACACACCAGACCAUCUGUGACAUCAGUGCAGAGUACCUCUACUCCAUCUUCAUCGCACAAGGUGCAAAAAAAGCGUGGAAGACCAAGAAAAUCCCCACAGGAGAAAUUAGAGACAGUUAGGAGAAGGAAGUUGGCCGAAAUGAAAAAGAAACUUCAGAUGGGCAAAUCUCUUGAUAAUGUGCCAUUAGCACUUCUGGCAAAGGCCAAAAACUUUCAGUUGAAUUAUAGAAAAAAGGAGAAAACAAGGACUGUAACAGCAUCUAAAGCAUCUGUCAGAGAUGAAAUAGCCAGUGUUUCUGCAGACAGAAAUAUUGCCAUUGUACCAAAAAGAAGGGGCAGACCCCCAAAAAAGAAACCACUGGGAAAUAAAUCACAAAACCUAAACAUUCCAAGGCAACCUCACAACUUCCAGCAUUCACCCAAUCGACAAAUCAGUAAGCCCUAUGAUUGUGUUACUACUGGGAUUUCCACUGAAUCACAAGACUUUGAGGGAACAUUACCCAGAGCUCGCUCACAGAGUCUCAACAUUGACAUGAUUGGUAAAGGAAGACAGAGAAAUUGUAGUUCUUCAAGGACAAGAAAAUCGAGUUUGUCCUCUCCAGUCAGAGAGUCUGACAGUUUGAAGCCAUUAACUUUAAUUGGAGAAAAAAGAAAAGGCAGGAAAAACCGGGAAAGUUCACUUAGCCCAAACUGUGAUUCAGCAUGGAAGAGACCAGUUAGAACUCGUAGUGUGUCCAUGUCUUCGUCAUCAGAGAGGAGACGGAUUAAUAGUGGAAGCUCAGAUGCUGUGGCAUCCUGCGAUGGGCACAGAUCACCCAGCAUGUCAAGAUCAGGUGAACCACUUCAAGGAAAUAGGUCACGGAGUGUAUCUGGGUCGAGAAAGACAAUUUGUAACCAACAAGAGAUACCAAAAUAUACAUCUGAUACCAGGCUGUCAAGGUGGGACUUACCUUGGAAAAGACAGCAGAGUCCUGAUACUGGCUCUAGAUCUGGAGAGUCCAGCACUACAUCUCCACUGAGAAAGGAUGAUCAUGUUGACCAUGAUGACUUUCCUGACGGCAAAGGCGAACCCACAUCUCCCAGAGCCAAAAUGAGAAAACUAUCAAAGGAUGAGGGAUCACUUAGUCCCAAAGGCAUGUCUUCAUCGGAAACAAAAUUGAUAAAAACCCGCAGCAUCUCAGGAUCCAGGUUAUCCAGUGCUCAUGUUCCAGUCUGGCAUAAAUAUACUUCUGGUGUCAGUUCACCCCCAAGACAAGGACAUCAUAGAACUCAGGAAACCAUUACCUUGGAAGGAGAAGGCCCAAAUAGUUCACCGUCAAAAAACUUGGAAAAGAUUAAAAACAAAGCUUCUGCUAUGUCUGUGAUAGAAUCUUACCAUAGAGACCAGAAUGACCAAGUUGCUAUUCAUUCACCAAGUUUAUCUGUAAGUAAAACAGAAUCAAACCACAAGCAUCAAAAGAACAGGACUCAUUCACCACAAAACCAUUCAAAGAUGACGCUAAUGGAGUUUCAGUCUGAAUUUGAGCAGUUUAUCAAGACCCCAGCACACGGAAUUACUUCAAUGUACAAAGAGGGGAAUUCCCUGUCACAGAAGAUCUUUCAUGAGGAGGGAGGUUCUUUGGAUUUAAAUAAUAUCUCCAAGUCUUUGAGUUAUGAUAAUACAGGAGACAACAGAUUGAUAUCCCAAGAGCCUGUUGUGAUAUUAGAACAUCUUCAAGGAAAUAACUACAGAAAACAGCCACGAGAGCACAAACCUGGCAACUAUAGAACACCACAGAGUGACUCCGACUCGGACAAUGAAGUAUUGACUAUACUGAGAGAGAAGGUCAAAUCAAAUAAGAAAAGCAAGGAUCUUGAACAAGCCAAGGCGAUUAAAAAUAGGCAGUCGGACAUCAAACCUCUUCCAACCAGCAUGAAAAGAAAAAGCACUCAAGAUGGGAGACUGGAACAUAAAAAGUUCAAGAAAAGCAAGGUUGCAGACCCAAUCAGCUCUCCCCGUGAAGGCUGCAGUGAUCCCCAGAGAGUACUGAAACCACCCAAAAAGAAGUACCAGAAAGCAGGCUUGUUCUCCAACUAUUACAAGACAGAUGAGCCAAGAAAACCACAAGAAAUAAAGAAAGACAAACUAUAUUACAAUCCCUCGGAACACGAGCAUGGCCUGAUGCCCCCUCCUAUCCAUAUCGGCAAACACCUGCGCCAGAAGAAACAGGAGUUCAAGCUGUCUUAUGAUCUGUGGUGGUUAUAUAAGCACAAAAUGGUAAAGACUCAAGCUGGCCCAGCUGAGAAGCUAGUGCACAGUGGACCUGCGUCCAAGUCUUCUGUGUUGUCUCCUUCGUUAUCAACUCACCAUAAACUUUCUCGCUGUAAUACUACUGAUUCAAAGAAACAUAAAAAGAAGUUAAGAAAAGGUACAAGUAGCCCAAAAUACAAGAAGAUAAGGCAUAAUGUGUAUGUGGAUGCUAAACCCAUGUGUGACUAUGAACCCCAUCCCUGUAACUGUGAGAGGCCUGCAGACAGGCGCGGCUGCGGGGAGGAAUGCCUCAAUAGAAUGGUGUACACCGAGUGUGCGCCAGGUUCCUGCCCGUGUGCCGACUUCUGUCAGAACCAGAGGAUUCAGAGGCGAGAGUGGCUGGACUGCCUGGAGAAGUACCAGACUGGGGACAGGGGGUAUGGAGUGAGGACCAAGGCCCAUAUUAAAACAGGCAGUUUCAUAUUGGAGUAUGUUGGCGAAGUUGUGAGCGAGCACGAGUUCAGACGCCGUAUGAUGGAGACCUACAGUCAUGACUUCCACCAUUAUUGCCUGAACCUGGACAGUGGGACGGUCAUUGAUGGCUACCGGAUGGGCAACAUUGGCAGAUUUGUCAACCAUUCCUGCCAGCCGAACUGUGAGAUGCAGAAGUGGAAUGUGAAUGGAGUGUACAGGAUUGGGCUGUUUGCAUUGAAGGAUAUUCCAGCAGAUACUGAGCUCACUUAUGACUACAACUUCCAUGCUUUUAAUAUGGAUUCACAGCAAAUCUGCAAGUGUGGUAGCACCAAGUGUCGAGGCAUUAUGGGUGGAAAGACUCAAAGGUUGAAUGGUCAGAUUAGGGAUAAGACCAAUACAUCAAGACCGGUAGGAAGACCACCUAAGGACAAAAGGAAGUCAAAAUCUAAACUCAAGAAAUAUAAAGAUAAGAAACAUGACAACAACCACAAGAACACACCCAUCAAGCCGAUGUCCCACAGGGAGCGCACCUUUGCCCAGAAGCAUCGCAUUUUCUUGCUGAGAAACAUUGAGAAAGUGAAGCAGUUAAGGCACAGACAAAACCAUCAAGAUGUGACCAGCCGCCAGAAACAAAACUACAUCACCCAUACUCCUUUCUCAAAAACUGAUGUUUUCAUGACACAGUUUACUGCCUUGAACACUGCCAGAUCUGUCAAAACCAGGCGCCUGACACUUGCUGAAGAGAACAGUGAAGUGACGCGAGCUGCCAGAUUGGCCCAGGUCUUCAAAGACAUCUGCACUGCUGUCACUUCAUGUAAAGAUGAAGAUGGCAAUAUACUGGCAACUCCUUUGAUGUCCUUACCAUCAAAGAAAAACCUGUGGUUUUGCAGAUAUCCAGAGUACUACGAGAUGAUAGAGGAUAGAAUAGACCUCAGCACCAUCCAGAAUAACAUCUUUACUGGUCGCUAUGAAACAGUGGAUGCCUUUGACGCCGACUUCCUCAAACUAUUUCGAAAUGUUGAGAAAUACUGUGGACGAAAGUCGGAGAUGGGUCGCCUGGUAUUGCGCCUGAGGAAGGUGUACUGUGCUGCCAAGGCAGAUGCACAGACACUGUUUGAGGAGAUUCUGGGUGAGAACAUUCCACACACCACUUCUGAGACUGAGUCUACUGACAUGGGGGAGGGUGGCAGUGAGAAAUCACCUGAGGAGGAGGAGAAAGAGGAGGAUGCUCCUGAGGAGGAGGAGGAAGAGAUCAUUAGGUGUAUAUGUAACAUCUACAGAGAUGAGGGUUUGAUGAUACAGUGUGAAAAGUGCAUGAUCUGGCAGCAUUGUGAUUGUGUUGGCAUUGAUGGGAAUGUGGAGAACUAUCUUUGUGAGCGCUGUGAUCCCAGAGUCAUCAAUCCAGAAGUGUACCAGAUCCCCCAGCCCCAUGAUGGCCUGCAAGGCUGUAAGUACUACAUGACAUUGAUGAGAGAUGACCUACAGAUCAGGGUGGGGGACUGUGUGUAUAUCACCAGAGAGAAUCCUCAGCGCCGCAGUGAUGGUCUGCCGGUACGCAUGUCAUACAGGCUGCUCUCCAACACUAACCCGGAUGAUAUGGAAAUAUUCCGCAUUGAAAGGCUCUGGAUCAGUGAGAAGGGUGAGAAAUUUGCCUAUGGUCACUACUACUGCCGUCCACAUGAAACAUUCCAUGAACCUACUCGGAAAUUCUUUCAAAAUGAGGUGUUUCGUCUCCCUCUCUAUGACAUCAUCCCCCUGGAGUGUAUAGUGGGGCAGUGCUGGGUGCUGGAUCUCAAUGUCUACUGUAAGGGACGCCCAUUUGGCUGCAGGGAGCAGGAUGUCUACAUAUGUGAAUACAGGCUGGACAAGACUGCACACCUCUUUUACAAGAUUUCCAGGACAAAAUUUCCAGUAAACACAAAGUCAUAUUGUUUUAAAACAUUUGAGAAGAAACUGCAGCCCAAAAGAACAUUCUCACCCCAUGAUGUUCCUGAUGUGUACAAGAGAAGGAGCCCAGCAGAACAUCACUCCUCAGACCUGAACACCAGGAUGAGGCAGGAGACAGAUGAACUAAACGGUAAACCUGACCUUGACCCCUGUAACACAGAGGAUGAGAGUGACUCUGAGAGUGUGCCACUGGCAAAGGUGAAACAAGAUGAGAUAAACAAGAAGAAGACCAGGUUGAAUGCAUACUUGAUUAAACUGUUGGGUUCUAUUCCUGGUAAGCAGAAGAUUGAUAUCACUUACUUACUGGAUGAGGGUUGUGGAAAGAGAGCCAGAAAGAAGUCUCUACAUGCUUUUUAAGUGUUCCACAAGAUACAGAAAAUAUGACAUGGAGGUUCUGGGAUCUGCAGCAAACUUGUCAAUCUGAAAGCAAUCCAAUGAAAAUAUAGAACAAUAUUGGCAGGUUUGGUGGAUUUUAUAAGCACUCCUUGUGCUUAGACUGUGGAGCUUGGAAGAAGUGUGCAGAAUUUGGAGUAGUUCUGUAGACCAUCUACAUGGAGCAAAAACAGCAACUGAAAUUUUAUCCUAAGGAAAGGUGUAAAAUACGGAUAAAGCACUAGUGGCCAACUUUGCCUUGUGAAAAUCCUCGCACACUUUCACCUCAAGAGCCACAGAACUUGGGAGUGGGUGUGUCAAGUAUUUGUAUUUAGCCACAAUCAUGAAAUGGUUUUUCUUAUCUAAAUUAUGACCAUGUGAUUUGAAGAUUAUACUGUAUCAAACAACAUCAUUAACAGGAGAAAGGUUGAAUCCUCAACAAAGGAAAUCAUGACCUACAUUGUAUGCAAAAUGAAAAAAGAUAGGCAGCUUAAACAGAAAUACACCAACAACAGGAGCAAACUUUGUUUUUUCUGAAUGCAGAUGAAAUAAGUAUUUGGAGGGAAGUAAACUUAAAAAUUUUGCAUUUUAGGCAGCUACUCUCUUAAUAUGUGACUUGUGCUCAUGCAUUUACUGCAAGGUGGAUAUAUUUUGAUUUUUAC